GUGCUCAUGAGCCCCGAGGGCUACAUCGUCUCCUCCGUCAUCCUGGCCGUGAUCGGCGUGGUGGGCUGCCUCUGCAACGGCGUCGUGCUGCUCAUCUACUUCAAGGACAAGCAACUGUGGACUCCGCUCAACCUGCUCUUGCUCAACCUGGUCAUCGGCGACUUCUCCGUGUCCAUCCUGGGGACUCCGAUCACCUUCUCCGCGUCCCUGGCGCGCCGCUGGUUCUUCGGGGACACCAUGUGCUCGGCGUACGGAUUCUUCAUGGCCCUGCUGGGCAUCACCUCCAUCUCGACGCUGACGGUGCUGUCCUUCGAGCGGUACAUGAUGAUCAGCAGGCCCUUCGGCGUGGGCGGGCUGAGCCGCCGCGGCGCCCUGGGCCUCAUCGCCGCGGCCUGGCUCUACUCGCUGGCGCUCACCGCGCCGCCCCUCUUCGGCUGGGGCGAGUACACCAACGAGGCCGCCAACAUCAGCUGCUCCAUCAACUGGGAGACGCAGUCCAACCACUCCACCUCCUACAUCAUCUUCCUCUUCGUGUUCGGCCUGCUCGUGCCGGUGGUGGUCAUCGUGUGGUCCUACGUCAACAUCAUCUUCACCAUCCGAUACAACACGAUCCGCAUCGGGCAGGUGACGCGCGCGCAGCAGCGCAUCGGCAUCAUGGUGGCCCUCAUGGUGGCGGCCUUCCUCUUCUCCUGGACGCCGUACGCCGGCUUCUCGCUGUACGCCGCCUUCGGGGACCCCAGGAACAUCGGCCCGGGGCUGGCCGUGGCGCCGGCGCUCUUCGCCAAGAGCUCCAUCUGCUACAACCCCUUCAUCUACGUCAUGCUCAACACGCAGUUCCGGGCCUCGUGGAAGCGGCUGUGGGGCAGCCACUCUUGUGACACGUCGCUGGAGGCGGGCGUGGAGCCGUCCGUGCCCGGCGAGGUGGUCGUCACACAGCAGACGACGGCGGGCUACGCGUCCCCGGAGACGCCGCUGCGGCGCACCGCCAACCUCAGCGACUCGCUGGACGACGACGACGCGUCGCGGACGGCCAAGCGCGGCGAGAAGCGCGCCAAGCUCCAGGAGCGGCAGCGGCUGCGGCAGCUCAAGGAGAUGGCCCGGAAGCAGUCGCGCUACGAGCGCCAGCUGGAGAAGGAGCUGGAGCGGCACGAGCGCGACCUGGACCUGCAGCGCGAGAAGCAGGAGCGGCUGGAGGAGAAGCGACGCCGCAAGGAGGACAGCCUCAAGCGCCUGCAGCAGCAGCAGUUCAGCGCCAAGUUCCACCCCGCCUGCCUCGUGGCGCUGGUCACCGACCCCCGCAACAACGCCGUGCUCUCGGUGAAGAUGGGCGACGGCGUGAGCCGGCACAGCGGCCCGAGCUUCCUGGCGCGGUGCUUCGGCAAGCAGGACGCCGCGGGCAGCCGUGUGGCUUGA